AUAUUUCUUUUUAUUUUAUAUAGAUUUUUCUGCUAAUUCAAUUAUGUUCUCCAUCUUAUGCAUUUUGGUUGAGGUGCUUGUAGCUUGUAUGAAAAUUAUUAAAUAGUUUGUUGGUAUGUGAUAUAUGUAUCAUGCAGGGGAUUCUGAAACUAUGAAGAUGUUUGAAAGAACAAAUUUGACAAACAAUCAACUCAUUCAUUAUCGAUAUGUCCCUGUAGAAAAAUGGUUGAUCUUAAUUGGUAUUGCUCCUGAUUCCCCUGAGAAGCAAUGUAUCAUAUCAUCAAAAGAUACACUCAAGGAUUCCAAGCUGCAAGAUUACAUUGAAAAACAAAAAGUCUACUUUAAGAUGAUUGAUGAAUUUGAACUGAUAGACGAGAAAUUUGAAGUAGUUGAUGAACCGGAUGAAGUGAAAAAGACGUGAUCCAAGUAUAGCAGAUAGAAACUUG